AUGGUUUUUGAUAAAUUAAGGUUGAAAAAAAGAGCUUCAAGCAUUCCUGAUGCUGGUCCUGUUGCCGAAUUAGGUAAAGAACCAAGUACUAAACAAAUUUAUCAGUCAAGAGAAAAUUUUGGGGUUUGUUUUGGAUCUUCCUUUGUAUUAGAAAGAUGGAUUUUUGAUGAUUUAUUUUCCGAAACUAAUGGUGAAACUGAAUAUGAUGCUGUUAGUUCUUUAGUUUCAAAAUUUGGCGCAGAUCAAGCGAGAACUAAAUUUGAGAAUCAUUGGAAAAAUUAUAUAAAUGAUGAUGAUUGGAACUGGUUAAGUAGUCAUCAAGUUAAAUCAAUCAGAUUACCAAUUGGUUAUUGGGAUGUAGAUGGAGGUUCAUUUGCUAAAGGUUAUGAUUUUGAAAAAUUUGCCCUGGUCUAUUCAAAUGCUUGGUCAAUUAUAAAACAAAAUUAUAUUGAACCUGCUGCUAAUUAUCAAAUAUCUAUCCUUAUAGAUGUUCAUGCUUUACCAGCUGGUGGUGCAAAUAGUAAUGCUCAUUCUGGUAUCCCUAAUGCUAAUGGUGGAUUUUUCAAAGAUACCUCAGCUCAAAUUAAUAUGGCUAAAAUGAUGGGUUGGAUUGCAAAUGAUUUAAAAAAUUAUGAUAAUAUAGCUGGUAUUCAAGUUGUUAAUGAAGCUGAAUUUGAUGAAUCUACAAAAGCUCCUUCAACUUAUUAUGGUGCUGCUAUAAGUGAAAUUAGAAAAUAUGAUGAUUCAAUUCCUGUUUAUAUUUCCGAUGGUUGGUGGCCUGAUCAAUGGGCUAAAUGGGUUCAAAGUGAACAAGGUUCUGAUGGGUAUAUUGGUGUUGUUGUUGAUGAUCAUGUUUAUAGAUGUUUUUCAGAUUCUGAUAAAUCUAAAUCUGCUGAUCAAAUUAUUAAUGAUUUAAAUGGUGAUGUUUUGACGAAUAUUUCUGAUAAUAGUAAUGGUGUUGAUUUUAUUGUUGGUGAAUAUUCAUGUGUUUUAGAUCAACAAACUUGGGAUAAAGGUGGUAAUAGAGAUGAAUUAGUUAAAAAAUUCGGAAAUACUCAAUCUCAAUUAUUUGAUCAAAGAGCUUCUGGUUCUUAUUUUUGGACUUUUAAAUUUCAAUCAGGAAAUGGAGGUGAAUGGGAUUUUAAAACUAUGACAAAUGCUGGUGCAAUUAUUCCACCUCAACAAGUUAAUUCACCAAAUCAAAAUGAAUUUCAACAAAAAUUAAAUGAAGCUUAUAAUAAUCAUGUAAAUUAUUGGAAAUCUCAAGGUGGUAGUUACGAUUUUGAUAGAUUUAAAGCUGGUUACACACAAGCUUUUACUGAUGGUGCUACUUUUAGUAAAUUUAACUCAAGAUUAGGUAGAAGACAAGCUUGGAAAAGAUCAAGAUCAAAUGAUUAUGUACAAAGUAAAGGUAAUUCAAAUAAUCAAUGGGAAUAUGAUCAAGGAUUUGAUGAAGGGUUAAAAGAUUAUUAUGGAUAUUAA